AUGGCUAGAAGGAGGCUGAGGCUCGCGUGGAUCCCAAACGAAGCCGCCAGAAGAGCCACGAUGAGAAAGCGCCGCCAAAGCCUGGUCAAGAAAGUGAAAGAGCUCUCCGUCCUCUGCGGCGUCCCAGCUUUCAUCGUCGUUUACUGUCCGGACGAACCGGAACCAACGGUCUGGCCACCCGAGAGGGAAGAGGCCGAAAAGCUGCUGGCCCGGUUCCUAGCCGCGCCGCCGUUCGAGCAGACCAAGAGAACGACCAACCAAGAAACCUACCUCGUGGACCAGGUGGGCAAGCUCCAAGAAGCCCGGGGGAACCAGGAGAAGGUCCUGAACCAGCUCGAGCUCGCCUACCUUAUGGACCAGGUUUUUUCUGAAAUAAACGUUCACUACACAAGGAGGGGGCUGGGCGGGUUGGACCUACAUGGGUUGAACCGGCUGUCGGUUCUGCUGGAGGAGAGGCUGAUUGAGAUCAGGAAGAAGGCUGAGUUCUUUGAAGUUGAACUGAAUGGAUCGUCGUCACUAGGGAGAAAUAAUGUAACCAACGUUAACAAUGACAACGUUGUUGUUCCCGAAAACAUUAAUGAUUUGUUGUGGCAGGAGGACUUCAUGAAUAACAUUAUCAAUCAGGAUGGUGGCGGCGACGACGGCAAUGGCAAUUAA